UUGUAUGAGUCAUUGGGAAAUGAUGGAGAAAAAAAGGCAAAUUUAGCUUAAAUAAAACUCUCUCAUCGUGUCUGUUUGUGUAUGACCCCUACCAUCCCUUCGUCCCGUUUUCUUUGCUCGCCUAAGUGCUCUCUGCUCUGCUUUCCUUCUCUCACAUGUCUGAAAGCUUCAAAAGCUAACACUUUCUCGGUUCAAUAAUAUUAGUUCCUCAACAUUUCUCUAAAACAACAACAACUUCCCCGCUCAUCACUGUCACUUCAAGUUUACUCUGUUUUGGCAGCAAACAACUACAAGGACCUCCCUGUUUUUUGCCUGCCUCUGGGUUAUACUGUACUUUUCCUUUGUACGUUAAAAGAAAAGAAAAAAAAAGAAAAGGAAAAUCUGUUGUCAAGUUAGUUGCAGUUUUAGUGGAUCCAAGUCACCACUUAGAGAGGGGGGAAAAUGACUGAGCAGCAAAAUUCAGAAACAGAGUGCAGUUCCAACUCAUUGUCUUGGCCUCCACGAUCACCUACAUCGCCUGCGUCAACUCAUUCACCUCAUCCUAACUCGCUCCCUGGCUCAACCACGACUCUAAAUGGUAAACCUGAAACCACCUGUGAUACUAAUAGAAAGAUGAAGAGAAUGAGGGAUUCAAGCAAGCACCCAGUUUACCGUGGCGUCCGAAUGAGGAGCUGGGGCAAAUGGGUGUCAGAAAUCCGCGAGCCACGCAAGAAAUCCCGCAUUUGGCUCGGUACUUUCCCUACUCCAGAAAUGGCAGCUCGGGCACACGACGUGGCCGCUUUAAGUAUCAAAGGCAACUCAGCCAUUCUCAACUUCCCUGAACUCGCCAACUCUUUACCUCGACCCGUGUCAUUAGCACCCCGCGACGUCCAAGCUGCGGCAGCCAAAGCUGCCCAAAUGGGAAACUUGGACUCCCCAUCACCAUCCACUACAUCAUCAUCUUCCACUUCAACAUUGUCAUCAUCGUCAUCCCUAUCCUCUCUGGUUUCUCACUUGGACUUAUCUUCAGCGUCAGACGAAUUAACCGAGAUAGUGGAGCUCCCAAGUCUAGGGACAAGUUACGAGUCGGUGGAGUUGGGGAGUGAGUUUAUAUUCGCAGACUCGAUGGACGGAUGGUUUUACCCUCCACCAUGGCUUGAAAGCAUGGAAGACUGUGAGUACGUUUGUAAUCAGUUAGUAGUACCCGAGAGCGUUUUACAAAACGGCUUCAAACAAGGUUUGCUAUGGGAUUAUUAGUACUUUUUUUCUUUUUUCCUUUGGUGGUUUGUGAAUGUGAUGUGUGUGUGUGUGUGUUUUAAGCCCUUUUGCUUUUUCUUUGAAGGGCCAAAACUCUAGUCAUUUUCUUUCUCUCUGUUUAUGUGAUCUCUUUCAAUGAAUUCACAAUGUACAGUGCUUAUAAUGGGGAAGUCAUAAGAUUUAUUCCCUUUUUGAGGAUCUGAAAUAAAAAGCCUCUCUUCCCUCUUUCUCUCCUGAGAGAGAUCAUUAAGUUCAACAAUGAAAA